ACUAGGGCAAUCUGCCGGAAGAGUCAGGUUCUGUGUGUGUCUCCGCGUCUUCCGCGAAGCGGGUGUGCACGGCCUGCGGCGUUGAACUAGAUGUCGUCCCCGCAGGCCCCAGAAGAUGGGCAGGGCUGUGGCGACCGCGGCGAUCCCCCUGGGGACCUCCGUAGCGUCUUGGUUACGACCGUGCUCAACCUCGAGCCGCUGGACGAGGAUCUCUUCAGAGGAAGGCAUUACUGGGUACCGGCCAAGAGGCUGUUUGGUGGUCAGAUCGUGGGCCAGGCCCUGGUGGCUGCAGCCAAGUCUGUGAGUGAAGACGUCCACGUGCACUCCCUGCACUGCUACUUUGUUCGGGCAGGGGACCCGAAGGUGCCAGUACUGUACCAAGUGGAGCGGACACGAACAGGGUCGAGCUUCUCGGUGCGCUCUGUGAAGGCCGUGCAACAUGGGAAGCCCAUCUUCAUCUGCCAGGCCUCCUUCCAGCAGGCCCAGCCCAGCCCCAUGCAGCACCAGUUCUCCAUGCCCACUGUGCCACCACCAGAAGAGCUGCUUGACUGUGAGACCCUCAUUGACCAGUAUUUAAGGGACCCUAACCUCCAAAAGAGGUACCCACUGGCGCUCAACCGAAUUGCUGCUCAGGAGGUCCCCAUUGAGAUCAAGCCAGUAAACCCAUCCCCUCUGAGCCAGCUGCAGAGAAUGGAGCCCAAACAGAUGUUCUGGGUGCGAGCCCGGGGCUAUAUUGGCGAGGGCGACAUGAAGAUGCACUGCUGCGUGGCCGCCUAUAUCUCCGACUACGCCUUCUUGGGCACUGCACUGCUGCCUCACCAGUGGCAGCACAAGGUGCACUUCAUGGUCUCACUGGACCAUUCCAUGUGGUUCCACGCCCCCUUCCGAGCUGACCAUUGGAUGCUCUAUGAAUGCGAGAGCCCCUGGGCUGGCUUUGGCAUCUUCAGCUUCAAAAUGAGAGGGUGAGGCCGCACACCUGCUCUGCUCUAAAUUUCUAGAAUGUGCUGGAAAUGUGAUUCACCUUCUCCCGGGGACCCAGUUCUAGUCCCAGAACCAGUUCAGAUUCUUUGUAUUACAAUAGGCAAAUCAUAUCUUCCAUCUGAACCUCAGUUUCCUCAUCUAAACAAAGAGGGUUACAUUACAGCAGUGGUAUCCAAACCCGCAGCCCAUCAGACUGCCAUUUGGGGAUGCCUUUUCAAAAUAGAUUCUGAUUCCACCCUAAAGAUUCUGACUCCGUAGGUCUUGGAUAAGGUCCAGGAAACUGUAUUUUUAAGUUCUCUAAGUGAUUCUGAUUAACCUGAUUGGGAUCGGGGCAUUCAGUGGUCCCUAAGGGCCUGCUUGGACCUUCCUUGCAGGGGAGAGAAACAAGACUCAUUCAUCAAUGUCUAGCUUCAGAACCCUGACCUCCUUUCCAAGGGAGUACAUUUCAAAUGAAGAAAAGCUUUGCUUGAUAAACCAAGGACAAAACUCAGAUAAGGGGUAUUCUCAAGUACCAAUAGCAUCACAAUCCAAGAUUGAUAACCUUGAAGUGACGACAUGGGUUCAGAUUUGGCUUCAUCAUGGGGCCAAAUUCCUGACCCUCUCUGGAUUUCAGUCCUGGUCUGGAAAACUGGACAACACAUAACUGCUUCAUUUGGCUACUGUGAGAACUGAGUGAGCUCUGCUAUGUGUAAGGGAAACCAGCAAUCAUCCUCAUAAACAUCAAACUUGGGCCCAAAGCCAGCAAGGGAGAAAGAGUCUCCAGAUGGGGAGGGAAGAGGCCAGACCUCAUGGCCUCAAGUCCUCUCUUCUGAGUCCCUUCUUCCCCUUGGUGGUGGUAGUGGGGAUAUUUUUCAUGAAUUACCACUUGGAGGACCUGGCUUGAUUUAUUAUACAGGGAGCCGAUAGUUUUCCUAACACAAGUGGCCAGAGGUACAGCAGUUCUGCUUGGCCAAGCUGUUGAAGGAGACUGUUCUCAGAGCUCCUCCCUCUGUGAUCUUUUUGAGGAAGCGAGGAGAGGUGUGAAAGUGCUUUUAAACUGUCAACUGGGGUUCCUGUAGGAGGAGUUACCCCUCAAUGACGGUCCAUAAUAAGCUCAUGAAGGGGCACUUGGAGCAGCCACGACACUCAGUGCACCCUUGUGUGGGGCAGCCCUGCCCUGGGCCAGACCCUUUGCAAGAAGUCCACUUGGAGGUCGGGCAUGGUGAUGUGCGCCUGUAAUCCCAGCUGCUCAGGAGGCUGAGGCGGGAGGAUCCCUUGAACCCAGGAGCUUGAGACCAGCCUGGCAACAUAGUGAGACUCUGUUUCAGGAAAAAAAAAAGUGUAUUUGGCUGUUCUGAAGCAGGCCAUCAUCACCCUUCACCUCACCCACAGGUGGCUCUCGGGGGCUGGUCCAUGGGCGGCUGUGGCGUCAGGAUGGAGUCCUAGCCGUGACCUGUGCCCAGGAGGGCGUGAUCCGAGUGAAGCCCCAGGUCUCAGAGAGUAAGCUGUAGCCAGAGGUACCAGCUUCGCCUGGGGCUUCAAGAACCUCCCAUCUAUCCCCAUUCCUGAGACAGGAGUUACAGUCCCUUUUGGCCCUCACAUCCAAUAAAGAGACUGAUACCACUGGA